AUGCCGAUGAUGGCAGAAAUGUAUUUUCGAGGUUGCCGUUGUAGGCAGAAGUGUAUUUUCGAGGCUGUCGCCAAUACAAAUAUAUCGCCAAAGACCCGAAUUCGUUCUGUUCCCUCUGACAGAGCAUUUAAAGAAGUUCAAUUUAAGUUUACGCGGGAACAGAGUUUACCAAGGGCUGCAGAGGAGAAAUAUCGCGACGAUUUUUCUGACUUAAGCGAUGAAGAAUUAGAAGAGCUGGAACAAAAGCCAACAAAUACACCAAAGAAGGAAACAGAAGAAUUGACAGAUGAUAUACGUACAAUUUUGGAUGAGAAAGAGGAAAAUGAUAUAGAGUCAAUGGUAGUAUCAACCAAAAAAGGAGUGGACAGUACAAACAAGAAAAUGAAAAACGAGGCGGAAACUAAGAUAAGCCUAGGAUGUGACACUCGACAAGAGAAAGCUGAGGCAAAGAGAAACGAGAAACUUUCUAAAAAGAAAGUACUAGCAAGAGAGCACCAGAGAAAAAAAAAUGAAUGUAAGCAACGACAAGAUGAGGCCGAACAGAGGUUCUGGGAAAAAGUUCGUAACAAGGCGAGAUACCGACGGGCAGAUGCUGAAAGAAAUCGAAGCAGAAUGUCGUCGCAAAGGUCUAGCAUUAGCCGGAUGUCAACAAGAGCAUGCCGAUCACUGGCACUUUCCUCCUUCUCCUCAGAAGAGUCGCUCGCCGACGAGGGCAAUAAGAAAGCCCUCAAGGUCGGCAGCUCUCACUAA